CUUGCCUGAAGGGUGGACAAACUGGUAACUGCACUGAGAAGGGGAGUUCUCACAGACUGCUUUGAGCAUAAGGCAUGAGAUUGAAUUUAUGAAAGCUUCGGUAGCCUCUCAAAACAACAUCUUUCUUCUGCGACUUUGAAUUUUUUCAUAUUUGUCGACUGUUGUUUUUUGAGAAGAAUUUGUCAUGACUCUACUGGAACCUGAGAUGCUAAUGAUGGCUGUGCAGUCUGUGCUGCAGUUGAAGCUCCAGCAGCGGCGGACACGGGAAGAGCUGGUGAGCCAAGGGAUCAUGCCUCCUUUGAAAAGUCCAGCUGCGUUUCAUGAACAGAGAAGGAGCUUGGAACGGGCCAGGACAGAGGACUACCUGAAACGGAAGAUUCGUUCCCGGCCGGAGAGGUCAGAGUUGGUCAGGAUGCACAUUUUGGAAGAGACCUCGGCUGAGCCUUCCCUUCAGGCCAAGCAGCUGAAGCUGAAGAGAGCCAGGCUGGCUGAUGACCUCAACGAGAAGAUUGCGCAGAGGCCGGGCCCCAUGGAGCUGGUGGAGAAGAACAUCCUGCCUGUGGAGUCCAGCGUGAAAGAAGCCCUCAUCGUGGGCCAGGUGAAUUACCCGAAAGUGGCAGACAGCUCUUCUUUCGAUGAGGACAGCAGCGAUGCCUUAUCCCCUGAGCAGCCUGCCAGCCAGGAGUCCCAGGGCUCAGUGCCAUCACCCCUGGAAGCCCGAGUCAGCGAGCCACUGCCCAGUGCCACCUCUAUAUCCCCCACUCAGGUUGUGUCUCAACUCCCAGUGGGCCCAGAGUCCAGAGAAACGCUUUUCCUGGCAGAGCAGCCUCCUCUGCCUCCCAGCCUCACCAACGGAACCACGGUCCCCACCGCCAAGCCCACCCCCACGCUCAUUAAGCAAAGCCAGCCCAAGUCUGCCAGCGAGAAGUCGCAGCGCAGCAAGAAAGCCAAGGAGCUGAAGCCAAAGGUGAAGAAGCUCAAGUAUCACCAGUACAUCCCCCCGGACCAAAAGCAGGACAAGGGGGCACCCCCCAUGGACUCCUCCUACGCCAAGAUCCUGCAGCAGCAGCAGCUGUUCCUCCAGCUGCAGAUCCUCAACCAGCAGCAGCAGCAGCACUAUAACUACCAGACCAUCUUGCCGGCCCCCCCAAAGCCGGCAGGUGAGGCUCUGGGAAGUGGUGGGGUCCCCCCGAUGCGCAGCCUUUCCACUACCAGUACCAGUUCCAGCUCGGGCACCCCUGGGCCCAGUGGGCUGGCACGUCAAAACAGCACCUCUCUGACUGGCAAGCUGGGAGCCCUGCCCGCCAACCUGGACGACAUGAAGGUGGCAGAGCUGAAGCAGGAGCUGAAGUUGCGGUCACUGCCCGUCUCUGGCACCAAGACAGACCUGAUUGAGCGCCUGCGUGCCUACCAAGAACAAGUCAGCCCUGCCCCCGGCGCCCCCAAGGUCCCUGCUGCCACCUCUAUCCUGCCCAAGGCUGGCGAGGUGGUGGUAGCCUUCCCGGCGGCCCGGCUAAGCACGGGGCCUGCUCUGGUGGCAGCAGGCCUGGCCCCAGCCGAGGUGGUAGUGGCUACGGUGACCAGCAAUGGCGUGGUGAAAUUUGGCAGCACGGGCUCCACACCCCCCGUGUCUCCCACUCCCUCAGAGCGUUCACUGCUUAGCACGGGAGAUGAGAACUCCACACCUGGGGACACCUUUGGCGAGAUGGUGACAUCACCACUGACCCAGCUCACCCUGCAGACUUCGCCACUGCAGAUCCUUGUGAAGGAGGAGGGUCCCCAGGCCGGGUCCUGCUGCGUGAGCCCUGGGGUGCGGGCAGAGCUGGAGGGGCGUGACAAGGACCAGAUGCUGCAGGAAAAGGACAAGCAGAUUGAGGAGCUGACCCGCAUGCUCCGGCAGAAGCAGCAGCUGGUGGAGUGGCUCAGGCUGCAGCUGGAGCAGGAGAAGCGGGCCCAGCAGCCCCCGCCAGCCCCGGCCCCGGCCCCCGCCCCCACCCCUGCCCCUCUUGGCGUCCCAGUGAAGCAAGAAAACAGCUUUUCCAGCUGCCAGUUGAGCCAGCCACCCCUGGGCCCUGCUCAUCCCUUCAGUCCCAGCCUGGCGGCCCCCACUCCCCACCACGUAGACACUUGUGCCCUGGUGCCUCCUUCAGUGGUGGUGAAGCAGGAAGCCAUGCUGCCUGAGCCGGAGCCGGCCCCCACACCCCAGCUGCUUCUGGGCCCACAGGGCCCCAGCCUCAUCAAAGGGGUGACACCUCCCACCGUCAUCACUGACUCCGCAGGGACCCACCUUGUCCUCACCGUGACCAAUAAGAAUGCAGACAGCCCUGGCCUGGCCAGUGGGAGCCCUCAGCAGCCCUUGUCCCAGCCUGGUUCUCCAGCCCCUGUCCCAGCAGCCCAGAUGGACCUGGAGCACCUGCCACAGCCCCCAUUUGGGACCCCCACUUCUCUGCCGAAGAAGGAGCCGCCUGGCUAUGAGGAAGCCGUGAACCAGCAGCCCAGACAGCAGGUGAAGAAGGAAAAUGGUUCCUCGAGCCAACAGAUGGAUGACCUGUUUGACAUUCUUAUUCAGAGUGGAGAAAUUUCAGCAGAUUUCAAGGAGCCACCAUCCCUGCCAGGGAAAGAGAAGCCCCCCGCAACAGCAGCCUGUGGGUCGCCCCUGGCCACGCAGUCCCCACCCUCUGCUGAGCUUCCCCAGGCUGCCCUGCCCUCGACCUCACCUGUCCUUCCUGGGCGCCUGGAGGACUUCCUGGAGAGCAGCACUGGGCUACCCCUGCUGACUGGUGGACAUGAGGGGCCAGAGCCCCUCUCCCUCAUUGACGACCUCCACAGUCAGAUGCUGAGCAGCUCUGCCAUCCUGGACCACCCCCCCUCACCCAUGGACACCUCGGAAUUGCACUUUGCCCCUGAGCCCAGCAGCAUGGGCCUGGACCUGGCUGAUGGCCACCUGGACAGCAUGGACUGGCUGGAGCUGUCAUCAGGUGGCCCCGUGCUCAGCCUGGCCCCACUCAGCAACACGGCCCCCAGCCUCUUCUCCACGGACUUCCUUGAUGGCCAUGACUUGCAGCUGCAUUGGGAUUCCUGCUUGUAGCUCUCAGGUUUGCCAGGGAACUGGAGGGGCUGGAAGCUGGGGAGCCUCAGGAACUCUAGGGAGCUCAGCUCUCUCCUGCGGGAUCCAGCUCUGCGUGGUCAUGAGUCCCGACAAUCACAGGCCCUGCUUUCCCCUCCCUGGCUCAGGGUCACCCAGGGGUUUUGGAGACCUGGACAGGCCAGGGACUUUCUAUUUGACCUCCUUUUGUGAGGUUGGAGGUACCUGCCUGGCUACAGUUUGCUCAGGUGGGCGAGGUAUGAACUCCCUCCUUCCCUUCUCUUCCCUACAAGGGAAAGAAAAACUGGGCCUCUACCUCCCCAUUCCCUGUGACCCUAACCCCAGGUUUCCUAGGCUGGGGGAGGCGCUGCCAUGUUAGUGUCUUGCUGUAGAGUAACCAUUUAGUGGUUGGUGGCAAACAUGUUCUGUACAGGUGUACAUACCUCUAUAUUAUAUAUCGCCAUACAUAUAUACAUAUAUUUUUGGGGGGUAAGAGGUGGAUGAAGUUCCUUCCCAUCCUACUGUGCACAUAUAGAAGGGUCUGGAGACCCCUGCUCCACCCAUCACGUGUGUUUGACAUGUAGACACCCCAUCACAGCCUGUACCCCACCUGUCCUGCUCAUUAUCAGUGCCACGAGGGCAGAGGUGCAUCUUGGCCACCUGCCCACAUUCCGUCCUGCUGCUUCACUGCAGCCACCACGGCCCUGGGACAGGAGGGGCAUUAGCGCCAUAGUGGGGCGAGAUGUAGCCCUCAAGCUAUGGCUCCUCCUGCCCUGGGGCCCAGCCUCCCUUCUGGCUGUCACUGUUAUUCUAGGGAUUUGGGGAGGGGGGGUCACCAGUGCUGGGACAGGGGUGGGGAAGCUGUGUGAACUUUUUAAAAUAAAAGCAAAAACACCAGCUUGUUAGUCCCUCUUGGUCAAUCUAUGGAUGAGGUGGGUGGUAUGGCUGGGCCCUACACCCUAACCCCACCUUCCCAGCCAGGCUGUCCGUUCUAGGCCAUUCCAGAAAGGGCAGAACCUUGGACAUAGGGUUCUAUGGUCCCAAUUGGAUUGAAGACAGAAGGUGCUUCUCAAAGACAAUUUAUUUACAGGCCAAGGAGCCUUUAGCCACCCCCACUCCCUUCCUGAGCAAAAGCGGACAGAGGUGGCUCUCUACCUCCUCAUGAGGAGUUUGGUCAGUACAAGUAGUGAGGGUGGGGCCUGGAGCCUCCAUAGACACUGGGAGGGAUAGAGUGAGCCAGGCCCCACCUGCUGCCACCAGGGUGGUGUCUCCAAUCUCCCUACCAUGGUGCCUGGCCAAACUCCAGUGUCGUCUUCCCUUGGUCCCGUAGCUUGGGUUAGGCCUGGACCACGCCAGCCCCCAUCCCAACGCCCUUCUCUUAAGGAAGCAGCUGCUCUGGUAGCCGACGGGUUGGGAGAGGUCUGGGUGUGACAGGGCCAUUGGAGGAAGUGUGUCACCCAUCUAUAUCCCAGCUGAAAAGGUGGUGCUUCACCAGCAUGUCCUGGACGCCCUCCUUCAGGGGCUUCUUCUCCUCCUGCACAGAGCGAGGAAGCCCAAGGUGGCAGGGGCCCUGCCUCAGCCACCACACCCACCGCAGCCCUCCAGGAGGAAGGCAGGUUGCUGGGCUAAGGACCAACCCCCACCACCCACCUCUCUCUUCAUAGGAAGUUCCCAGUCCUGGGAGAGGCUGAAGGCAAAGCAGCAGAGGACACUGGAGGGCAGGAAGGGGAAGUGGUCAGUCACCCUCAGGUCAGCUCCUUCGGUCCCCCUACCCCAGGGCCACCAGAGCAGGGUCCUCACCGGAGCUCACACUUGAUCUGGACCCAGCCGGGGCUUCGCAGGAAGGACCAGGGCUGGUACCACUUCUCCACGGUUGGCAGGCUGGAGCAGAGCACCUCCAACCACAGGUGUAGGACCUGCUCACUGGGGACAGGUGGGGGGAGUGGGCCAUCCACAGAACCUUCUGAGGACCAUGAGUGGGGUUCUCCCCUCCAGUGCUGGACUGGGCUAUCGCCACUUCAGGGUUCCUCUAACCCUAGCCCCCUUUCCUCCACUUCUCGGCCUCCUCAGGUGACCCCCAACUCCUUUACUCUCAGCCCCUGCCUCCAGCUCCCUCACACUGGGAGACACACAGGGCCCUCAGUCCUAUCAGCUCUUUCCUCUCUGCAUCUCAGAGUAAAGGAGGUGGGAUCACUGACCCCUGCUGGCCAGUCCAGGAGUGAAGUGCAUACUCACCAGCCUGCUGGGGUCACAGCCAUAUUCUGAGCAUGUCUCGGGGACAUUUGUGCCUCUGCAAACCACUCCUCCUCCCACCCCAGAGGGCAAAUCCAGGAACAUCUCCUUCACCCAGACCUGAGCCUCACAAAUGCCCAAGGCCUCUCAGGCAGGCACCCCUCCCUGGUUUGCUGCAGUAGACUCAUUUCUGGGAAGCCCCUUCACUGGUCAUGUUGCUUAAAGUCUGUGCUUCAUAAAUCCUCAAGCACCUUCCCCAUAAAGCAGCAGCUGGUCUCGUGCUGGAGAAAGGUCAUUGGGGGUCACCCUUGCCACUUUCCAUUUGUCUGUCCAACUCCUGGGGGCCUAGAAGGCCCAGCUCACAGCCCCUGCUCCCCCCAAGGGUCACAGCCCAGGCUGCCACUCAUCCAACUGUGGACUGUCACGCCCACAGUAGGCACAGACACUCACUUGAGCCCCACACAGAUGAGAGAGCGGAGCUUGACAUCCAUUUGCGCAUGUGCAGCGUCGUGGGUCACAUUCACAGACUGCACUGCCUGGGAGGACACAGCUGUCACACAGGUGCCCCAGCUGCCAGCCCAGGAGCCAGACCCCACCCAUGGCCCUGCCUACCCGAUAGAGCAGUUCCUCCGGGGUCAGAACUUUGCCAUCUUCAUCCAACCUGGGGAAGAGGGGAACCCAAAGCUGCCAGAUGUGCAGGCUUGGGCUGCUCUCUCCCGCCAUGAUGCUGCCAGGACCCCUGCCAACGUGGGGGACUGGGGCCCAGUUACCUGUAUGUCUUACACAGCACCAGGCGAGAAUACACCGAAUCGAAGUCUCUCUCCACCUCCCGGCCUGCUGCCUGGGGGUUGUAGGGAGAGAACAUCAGGGACAAUGGGGUAGGUUCCAAGUUAAAGCUACAGGGUCCAAGUCAGUGCACAGCACCAACCCAUGAGCUCCUCCUGCCAGCUCCACAGAGCCCAGGGACCUGGGGAAAAGGAUGGUGGAGGACAUGGGUCCAGCUACGGACUCACCUCCUCAAUAAACAGCCAGGGGUGGCAGGCGCCCCCGAGCAGAGACGGCUUCUUCAGUCCGUGUUCAAACAGGGCCUUGAGGGCUGGGCAGAGGGUCCCUCGCACAAGGUCUGUGACGCCCUCCGUUACAGAGUCAUCCCCCGCGAUGGAGUACUGUUGGUGGGGGACGGGGUCUGAGGCCCCAGCCCUGCACCUGCAGCCAGUCACCCUGUCCCUGUCCUCACAUCCCCUGCCUCAAGCCAGAACUCGCUCAGGACACAGGCCCUGGCCAGGAGGGUGCAGGCCUUGCCAGGGUGGAGGCAGCAGCAGCUCCCAGGGGCAGCCCUGCCCUGUGCCCUUCUUACCUCUUUGCUCCGUUCAUCCAGGACUUCCACAAACUUGGCUGGAAACCAGCCUGUGGGAGAGGCAGGGUCCUGUGAGGAGCCUGGUGUCCCCACACUUCCACCCUCCCCGCCAAUGGGGCUGAGGACAGGUUCAGCCAAGUUCCUGGUGAGGGGAAGAGGCCAGGAGGGAUGUAGCAAAGAGUGACCAGCCUCACCUCUUAGGCCAUUCAGCUCCCCGACCCAGCAGUGCUCAUCCUUCUGAGAAAUGAUCUGUAGAGAAAAAGAGCAGGGGGCAAAGCUGUGGUUGCCUGGGCCCAGUGCCUCGCACACCACCCGGUUUCAUCCUCAGCCAGGUGGAAAUACUCGGCAGGGAGAGGGCCUGGCUGAGGUUGAAUAAUCUGGCUGUACCCUCAGGGCUGGCAGGUGGCAGGACCAAUGCUACCUGCUCCCAGCAACCAGGCUCCACCUGCCUCUGAGCACCCACCUCCCAAACCUCGCCCCACGCACCGUGAUGAUGUCAUUCUUGCGAAAGCCUAGCUCAUCGUCAUCGUGUCGCUCGAAGUCUAGCAGGGCCUUGGCCCUGCGCCGGUGGCUGCGUGAGCAGGCCACAUAGUUCUCGUGGUCCCGCUGGUGGCUCUCCAUGCUAUAGUCUGGAGUCAGCUCCUGCCAGAGAAGUGGGAAGGUCCACCAAGGGGAAGGCGCCUCAGGAUAGGGCUGGGAAAGGAGAGCCCCCCAAGUCGACCCAUUGGGCACACAAUUAGGAGCAUGUGACUCACCACAUUACAGUUUUUGGGGUCAGUGCACUGGAAAUGACGUGCCACACGGAGGAUGGCUUCCCGGAGGUCAGCCACCAGUUCCGUCUGCUUGAUGUUCUUGGCCUUGAGUGCCUCUAGGUCGUCCUCCCCUGAGGGUCCAAAAGGCUAUGACAGCCAUGGCUCCCGCCUGGUCCCCUUCCCAACGCCAAGGAAGCUCAGGGUCCACCCCGGAGUGUGAGGAUGACGGACACCCCCCGUCUUUGCCGCCCUCCAACCCCAGGCUCCAAGAGCUUAGACUCGACUGGCCGUGAAGAAACCGCUGAACUGGGCCAGGACUCACCGAAGAGCAGGGAGGUGAAACCAGACUUCCUCCGCUGCGUCCUGCGACGAACCACCUGCAGGCGCGGGAAUGGGUCAGCAGCAGGAGGGCUCCCAGGGCCCAGCCGAGUGGAGGGAAUCUCGGCACCAGAGGAAGGGCACAGAGCCUUCCUGGGGGCAGCUCGGGCCUCUCACAGGGACUACCUCAUGGGAAAUGGCCUCCGAGGCCGGCUGGGGUCAGAAAUGUACUGUCAGUUCAAAACUGGGUCUUCCUACACCCAAACUGGAUGUCACCCCACAGCUGGGUCUGCUGGGCCAGGCCUAGCCUGGGUGCUGAGUUGGGGAGGGGACAGCACAGCGGGGGUCCUCAUGGCUCCUCCCUCACAGGCCCACCUGAGAGAGGUUGGUGGUGGUGGUGGUGCUGGUCCCCAGCAGCUGACCCUGGUCUGCAAGAAGGUAGGCCAGGUGCUUGCGGCGCUGGGUCUCCACAGCCACGUCCGUGAGGGAGCCAGCUAGCCGCAUGGCCUCCCCCAGCAGCAGCUCCGCGUCCUCCAUCUGCGAGGGGAUGUCCGACAGCGUGUUGAAGAUGGAGGCCGAGUUCUCUGACUGGAUCAGCUCCUCCUCCUGGGCCAUGUGAGGGGAAAGGGGGAGUCACUGCCUGGCACCAGGCCCAUGAGCUGCCCCCAAUCAGCACCCAUCCAUGUGUGACUUCCCUGGAAGAUCAGCUGAGCACAAGGGAGUCCCUGGCCCCAGGAGACUCCCCCUGCAGGGGCUCUCAGGAGGGGCUCGUGCUCAGGCCACAGGAUGCUGAAGCGUGGACCCCACUGCAUGCCCCAGAAGAGGAGCACCAGCUGCGUCUGGCCCACGGGCUCCUCAUUGGCAGCUGGGCAGCGUGGCCCGGGGGUGGGGGGCGGGGCUGCAGCCGCACCUUGAGGCGCAGCAUGCCCAGCGUGGCCUGGAAGAGCACCAGGGAGCCCUCGUAGAAGAACAGGUCCCAGAGGCGCAGCAGCAGCUUGAUGUGCACCACGCUGGCGAAGGCCGUGAGGAACCAGUGCAGCGUGAUCAGGGACAGCUCUGUCGACACAACCAGGGACACUGGCAUGAGAUAGUCUGAGAGAAGGGGCACCGCCAGGAGCUGGGGAAGGGUGAAAAGUGUCUCCCAAAAAGCAGGAGGCCCACCCUGCUCCAAGGGGAGGGAGGAGACCGUGCAGCAUCAGAGAACAAGAGCAACAAAGGCUGCAUGUGCCGCAUCCCCGUCCGUCAUCCUCAUAGGAGCUCCUUUCUUCCCCGAAGGCAGCCAGCUGCUGCGCCCCCUGCAGGCUCUGCCAGGAAGCCCCAGAUCCACAGUAUCUGAGUCAGCAUGGCAAGAGCCCUCAACCCUGGAGAGUUCGGGCGGCCCUUACCAAUGUCAUGCUCCUGGAGCAGCUUGUCCAAGCGGGGCAGGUACUGGACAAUGAGGUGGCGCAGGACCCGCUGGUCUGUCUGGACGCCCAGCAGGGUGGUGCUGAAGUAGGAGGCAGGGAGCAGGUCCUCGAUGAUGGCGCACAUCAUCCAGAAGGUGUCCUCCUCCUCCAGGAACAGCAGGAGGCAGGCGGCCACCUGGCCAGGGCAGGGGGACAAGGGGCCUCGACCCAGGUCUCCACACAAAUGAGCAGCAGCACCCUUCUGAGGGUCAUGUCACGGACCAUGUGCCUUUCUCAGGAUAGAACCACCGUAUUUGGCAGCUACAGCCCUCCUUGGGUACUCCCACCUCCACCCCUGCUUCCGGUCCUACUGCCCUGGGGCCUGGAGAACACUCUUGGGGACACCCCCUCCCCUUCCCAACUGUGCUCACCAUGCCUGUGCCCUGGCAGUAACCAAUCUCAGGGUAGAGCCAGGCCAGUGCUCGGAGAACCCUGCGCAGGCGGGGCACCCCGAUGCUGCUCUCAUUGGCGAAGCAGGCGUUGCUGGGCAUGGUGCGGAGCAGGUCCUUCUCAAUCUGUCAGCGGCCCACCCACAACAAGACCCUAUGAGACCGCUGCACGCCUGUGGGCCCACACCCUCCACGUGUUGACACGAGAGGGCACUCCCCAGGUGGGCUUCUCUCCCAGGAAUGGGGAUUCCUUGUGCUCCUCUCUUCAGGAGUAGAGCCAGCUGGUGUUUGUAGCUGAUUCUACCAGAUUCCCUUGGGGAACU